CCCCCCCCACUCCUCCCCCUCCCUCCCCGCUUGGAUUUGCGCAUCCGGACCUCGCACCCAGCAGCAUGGACGAGCUUGACCUUCUCCUUCAGGAGCUUUCCAACCCUUCUGGCGCGCCCCUCGGCGCCAAGGCUGCUGCGCCGGCCGCGCCGGCCGCUGCCGACCCCACGCCGGCUGCCUCCUCGCCGACCGUCAAGCCGAUUGCCACUCUCUCGGAGCUGGAUGCCCUGAUGGCCUCCCUGACCAUGACCUCGCCCGUGGCGGCUGCCAGCCCGAAGCCCGCGGCCCCGGUGGCCGCGGCCCCGGCCGCUCCCGCCCCGGUCGUCGGUGGGUUUGCCCCGCCGCCGGUUGUCGUGGCUCCGACGGCCCCGGCUGCUGUUUCCCCGGCUUCCGUCUCGCCGGUGUCUCCCCCGGCGGCUGUUCAGCCCCCGGCUGCCAGCAGUAACGUCACCUCCAGCGUCGAUGCCCUGCUUUCGGAGCUGGCCACCCCGAGCCGGACCUUCUCGCAGCCCCCCCCGCCAGCUGCCACCUCCCCCCCUGCCCCGGCCGUCGAUUCUCCGCCCCCUGCUGCCCAGACCUUCACCCCCCCCGCUAGCACUCCCGCCCCCACUGGUCCCUCCAAGGGCAACUGCGGGUCCUGCAAUGAGCCGGUCAUCGGCGAGGAACUCCGUGCCAUGGGCAAGAUUUUCCACCCCGAGCACUUCACCUGUCUGCACUGCCGCAAGUCCCUCUCCGGGGCCACCUUCUUUGAGCACAACAGCAACAGCUUCUGCGACAAGUGCUACCAUGACCGGUUCUCGCCCCGGUGUGCCUACUGCGAUGGGGCCAUCCGUGACCGGUGCAUCAACGCCCUCGGCAAGACCUGGCAUCCGGACCACUUCUUCUGCUCGCAGUGCGGCAAGAGCUUCGGCGACAGCGGCUUCAUGGAGAAGGACGGCAAGGCUUACUGCGAGGAGGACUACUUCAACAUGUUCGCCCCGAAGUGUGGCGGUUGCGACCAGGCCAUCAUGGCUGACUGCAUCACCGCCCUGUCGCGCCAGUGGCACCCGGCCUGCUUUGUGUGCCAGGAUUGCCGUGCUCCCUUCGAGGGGGGCGCCUUCUUCGAUCACGAGGGCCUUCCCUACUGCGAGAAGCACUACCAUUCCCAGAAGGGGUCCCUCUGUGCGGCCUGCCAGCGCCCGAUCAUCGGUCGUUGCAUCACCGCCAUCGGCCGGCGCUUCCACCCGGAGCACUUUGUCUGCGCCCACUGCACCCGUCAGCUGGCUGGCAAGACCUUCAAGGAGCAGUCCUCCAAGGCCUACUGCACCUCCUGCCACAUCAAGCUGUUUGGUUAGGUGUCACUCUGGCGCACGCGCCUCCUCCCCCUUUCCUUCCCUCACCACGGCGCCAUCCAGGAGUCUGCCCAGCGUAUUCUGAUGGGCGCCUCUCCGUUUGGUGUUUCCUCGCCUGCGCGCGUGCUCUCCCUCUUUCUCCCCCCCCCCUUUCCUCCCCAUCCCCCACCCAACAACAUCGCCGAUGGGCCUACAUGGCUGCUGAUAGUUUACAACGGCAACCACAACUCCAUCCCAAUCUCUCUCUCUCUCUCUCUCUCC